CAUCACUACUUCCGUUCCUAGCCUUGUGAGCGGUAUCUCAACCUCCGUGUUUUCAUCCCAUCCCGUCCUUUUUCCCACCACCACACCUCCCUCCGCAUACAAUGGCUGCCAAAGCUUUGCCCAGUCACCUCAGAGCUCCCGCGAGCGACGCCACGAGCGGCGCCUCGUUCGGCAAGCACCACGGCAAGACCCAGUCUCACAUGGCCUUCGAAAACGCCUCCACCAGUGUGGCCGCCUCUCAGAUGCGCAAUGCCUUGAACGCCCUUGCCGAGACUGUCCCCGAUGCCAACGAGCGCAAGCGCUUUGAGGCCGAGAUGGACAACUUCUUCGCUCUUUUCCGCAGAUUCCUCAACGACAAGGCCAAGGGCAACGUCGUCAACUGGGACCGCAUUGCCCCUCCCCAGCCCCAGCAGGUGGUUAACUACGCCGAGCUCGGCAGCGAGGCUUCGGUGGAGUUCCUGAACAAGCUGGCUGUCGUCAAGCUCAACGGUGGUCUCGGUACCUCCAUGGGUUGUGUUGGCCCCAAGUCCGUCAUUGAGGUCCGUGAGGGCAUGUCCUUCUUGGAUCUGUCGGUCCGCCAGAUUGAGCACCUCAACCGCACCUUCAACGUGAACGUGCCCUUCGUCCUGAUGAACUCCUUCAACACCGACCAGGACACCCAGUCGAUCAUCAAGAAGUACCAGGGCCACAAUGUCGACAUCAUCACCUUCAACCAGUCUCGCUACCCCCGUAUCAUCAAGGACUCUCUCCUGCCCGCCCCCAAGUCCUUCGACGCCCCUCUGCAGGACUGGUACCCCCCCGGUCACGGUGACGUCUUCGAGUCCCUGUACAACUCUGGCACUCUGGACAAGCUCCUGGAGCGUGGCGUUGAGUACAUCUUCCUGUCCAACGCUGACAACCUCGGUGCCGUGGUCGAUCUUCGCAUUCUGCAGCACAUGGUUGACACCAAGGCUGAGUACGUCAUGGAGUUGACCGACAAGACCAAGGCUGAUGUCAAGGGUGGUACCAUCAUUGACUACGAGGGCAAGGCCCGUCUCCUGGAAAUCGCCCAGGUGCCCAAGGAGCACGUCAACGAGUUCAAGUCCAUCAAGAAGUUCAAGUACUUCAACACCAACAACAUCUGGAUGAGCCUCCGCGCCAUCAAGCGUGUGGUCGAGGAGAACGAGCUGGAGAUGGAGAUCAUCGCCAACGAGAAGUCCAUCCCCGCCGACAAGAAGGGUGAGGCCGACCAGGCCAUCUACCAGCUGGAGACCGCCGUCGGUGCCGCCAUCCGCCACUUCAAGAACGGCCACGGUGUCAACGUGCCUCGUCGCCGCUUCUUGCCCGUCAAGACCUGCUCCGACCUGAUGCUCGUCAAGUCGGAUCUCUACCGCCUGGAGCACGGCCAGCUCGUCAUGGACCCCAACCGUUUCGGUGGUGUCCCCGUCAUCAAGCUCGGUUCCGACUUCAAGAAGGUCUCCGACUUCCAGAAGCGCAUUCCCAGCAUCCCUCGCAUCGUCGAGCUGGACCACCUGACUAUCACCGGUGCCGUCAACCUGGGCCGCAACGUGCAGCUCAAGGGAACCGUCAUCAUUGUGGCCACGGAGGGCAGCACCAUCGACAUUCCCCCGGGUUCGGUGCUGGAGAACUGCGUCGUCCAGGGAAGCCUGCGCAUUCUGGAACACUAGAUGGGUGCAUCCACGGUCGGCCGUUUAAUUCCUACUUUGUAUGCCGGCGGUCGUGUGCACCCGUCUCAUCUGGGAUGACACCGAGACAUGAUCUGCCGGGGCUGAUAGAGUUUCUGUUCGAAGCGGGGCCACCGUUGUCUGGAUUCGGCUUCUGAUGGAGAUGGUCCUAUCUCUAGAGGCGCAUUCGCCAUGGCGGCAUUUGCUUUGGGGGGAUGCAGCAAAGGAAAAGAAACCCACUAGUUUAGGCCUGCUUCUUUUUUUUUUCGCCGAGACCAUUUAUCCUGGUCGUUAGUGUUCUUUUAAUUGGAAGCAUUCUGAGGCUCUCCUGGACGCCGGAAUGCUGGGUCAAAAGGGGGUUCCCAGGAGAAACUGCAGAUUGCGGGCGAC